AGAGAGUGGUGCUGCUCGUUACCAGGAUGGUUAUAGCAAAGCUAAGAUCCUGGGCGUACAAUUCUUUGGAUUUGUAUAAGAUUAAAAACAAACUGAUUCACAGUCAACGAAGCAAACAACAAGAAGAUUCAGAUGGGAAUAAGAGAACAAAAAAGCAAGAAGAGAGCAAGAACAAGGAAAGAAGAAAAGAAUUCAUCAAUAUUCACAACAUUCUCCAUCCAUCCCGCCCUUGGACUUUCCUUCAUACAUUUUGUGAGGACCAUGAUCUAAUGCAUUUACGUGAUCUUCAAAAAUUGGAAGGUGUUCUGUCACCCCAACACCUUGAGGAGAUGGAACUUGCUCUUUCCUUGAGGCAGAGCAAAGUCAACAUAAAAUUAUGUGAGGUGCUAGAUUGUCCAAAAUCUUCCAGUUUAUUUUCAAUGAAGAUGUUUUUAGGAAAGCUUGCUUAUUGUGGUCACAAUUUAGUUUGCCUCACUAUUUGAUUUGUCUGUUUGAAAGAAUAAAGUAGCAAGCUUUUAAUUUGCAUUGAUGAACACUAAAUGAUAUUCUAAGCUCUUUGAUUUCUUUAUGUUGGGUUAUUGUCUGAUUCCACACUCAUGUUUGCAUAUUAGAAGAUUGACUCACUCUUCCAAUUAUAUCUUUAUUUGCCUAACUCCUUAA